CCUGGGGAGAGAUGCCUCUGCCCAUCCCUUGUGUCCCUGGGCAUUCCUCUGACAGGGACCUUCCUACAUUUCUGCUGCCUAGAAUCAUUGCCUUCCUUCAGUGAUGAGGAAGCAGGCCUGCAUUUUAAACACUCAUUCCAAAGUGGGGGGCAUUUCUCUUCUCGAGGAAUGAGUACCCAUAAGUCUAAGUAGAACUGGAGGCAGGCACCAUGAAUAAUGGAGCUGGGGGUGGGGCUCAUGAAUGAUGCAUCACAAAGGGGUGGGCCUACUUAUGUAACUGGGACACAGGGGUCUGGCAGCUGGGGAGCCACUGGCGGGAUGGGAGUAGCAGGCAGCCGGCAGACCCUUCCCCACAAGGUAAGUGGUCAGAGCUGCACCAGCCCCCAUUUAGGGGCAGCUUUAGCUUUAUGCCAAGGGUAGGGGAAGUGUUGAUGCUUGGGGGUGGGGAGUAUAGUAAGGAUGGCCAGGAUGAGAGCCAUGAAAAAACCAAAGAGAGGGGAGAGGGCAUGAGUGGUCUUAGCAGAGGAUGUGCAGAAGGGGUUUGUGCAGGACCCACGAGAGUGAGAACCUGGCUUUGUGCCCAGUACUAGACAAUACCAAGCUAUGUUUGAUGAACAGAGAAUACAGGCUGGUACACAGAGCUGACUGCACUGCGCUGGGUGGCCCCCCCAAGGGGCUGGCACCUGCUGAGAAAAGCAGGCUGAGCGGGCGGAAGGAGCUCAGUGUAGCUCACCUUGGCUCUCAGCAGGGUGACAGCAUCACCCCCAUCCCGGGCCCCUGGGUUCGGAGCUGGAAGAGACUCUUGUCAGGUGUGGGGACCACCCUGUCAGGCCUGGACCAGCUGUGGGGACAGCGGAAGCACCAGUACCCCCAUCUGGGGUCCCUGGAGCCAGCCCUGCUGCCAGCAGAGAAGCCUCUGUCUGAGUGGCCAGUGCCGAGGCUCAUCUCUCUUUUCCUGCCCGAGUUCCCCAUCCGGCCCCCCCAGGGGCAGCAGCAGCUGAAGGUCCUGGGGUUUGUGGCCAAGGGCUCCUUUGGGACUGUCCUCAAGGUUCUGGAUUGUGGCCUGGGGGCCUUGUUGGCUGUGAAGGUGGUCCCCAAGGUAGAAGUCCUUCAGCGAGACAGCUUGAGGCAGUGUAAGGAGGAGGUCAGCAUUCAGCGCCAGAUCCGCCACCCCUUUGUGAGUGGCUUGGGAGGCAGCUGGCAGGGACAGCGGCACCUCUUCACUAUGUACAACUACUAUAGCACAGGAGACCUGCACUCUCUCUGGACCACAGUUGGCUGUUUUUCUGAGGCUUCCAUCCGCCUCUUUGCUGCUGAGCUGGUGCUGGGUGUGGGCUACCUACAUGACCUGGGCAUUGUGCAUCGAGACCUAAAGAUGGAGAACAUUUUACUGGAUGAAAGAGGCCACCUAAAACUCACAGACUUUGGCCUAUCAAGACAUCUACCCCAAGGAGGGCGAGCUUAUACUAUCUGCGGGACGCUCCAGUACAUGGCCCCAGAAGUCCUGAGUGGUGGGCCCUACAACCAUGUUGUUGACUGGUGGUCCCUGGGUAUCUUGCUUUUUGCCCUGGCAGCUGGAAAGUUCCCAUUGCAGGCUGAGAAGGAUCACGUAGCCAUGUUGGCAAGUGUGACUGACUGUGACUAUGAGGUCCCAGCUUCUCUUAGCCAGGGGCUUUCUCUUCUGCUUCAGGAGCUCCUGUGCCACAACCCCUCCCAGCGCCUGCGCUACCUGUAUCACUUCCAGGCCCAUGCUUUCUUUCGGGGCAUGGCCUUUGACCCCGAGCUCCUACAGAAGCAGCCAGUAUCCUUUGUCCUGGAGGCGAGAGCUGCCCUUCCUGCCCCGGCGGAGGCCACACCGUUCCAGGAUUUUGACUGUGAUUUCAUGUCUCUCUCAACCCACCCCUGCCCUGCCUGAGCUCCAGGCCCCUCCCCGCCCCCUCAAGUUGGCCUGUAGCUGUGAGCCUCAGGAUCUUGUCCACCGCCAACUCAGGAAGACCUCCCAAAUGCACCAACUUGUCUCUGGCCACAGACUUGUCCCUUGUUCUUUGUAGCAGGAUUCCCUCCCAUUUUGUAACUUAAAACAUUUUACAACUGAAACUGAUCCUGUGGGGCUCAGGCCCUCUAGCAGGCUGUCGUGUCCCCUGAGGAGAGGCCAGAGUCCCGUUCCUGGGCAUCUUGUCAUGGGCGUCUCAUUGCGCCUUCUUGCCUCCCCUGCCCCUCCUCAUUCAGUAGGUGAGAGCAGGCCUCCCCGUUUGCUCUUCCUCAUGUCUCCCAGGGUUCUCCAGUCCACUUCUCCCUUAUUACUCUACCACAUUUCCUUUCUCCAGCAAUACUGACCUAUGCACUGACACAUGUUGAUUCCUCAAGGUGCUUGACAAGCUUAGCCAGCCUGUCCUUUUCAGAAGCAAUAAUUGUUUUUUUGUAAGGAUACCCUCACCCCACCCUCACCCCAACAAUUUAAAUUUUCAGUUGUGAUCUAAGGAUUCAACGCCUGAUUGUGCAAUAUAUUGAAUAAAGAAAAUAAAAUUGAGACUU